AUGUACGCGACGCGAGACCAGGAGAAUGUUUUCCACAACCGACAGACUGCUGCUGCGGCAAAGACGCGGGCCCAGACGUCGACUUCUCAUCCAAUAAAAACACCAGGCCCGAGAGCCCCCAAAACGCCCUUCAAGUCUAAACUCAACGACGAGAAUGCGGCAGGUAAUGGGGCCGAGACUGGCCUUAAAACCGGGAGGAAGGGGCUGGCACCUCAAGCACUAGAUGGCAAGCGGAAAACCGCUACGAAACCCGGCAUCUUCCAAACACCUACUGAUAUCCGUCCUCGUGCACCACUUGGGUUGAAGACCACCAAUGCGAAGGCCACCAAAGCGUUCCAAACACCGGCCCCUAUCACGGUUCACCCGAGCCCUGAGAAGACCCAACUCAAGGCGACGAGUCCACGAUUGCGCCGUGCGAAACUCCGGGUCCAUCAGGGCGACAUCGCAACCCAGGAGAAUGAACCGGAACCGGACAUUGAGCACAUGCCUUCAAACGAUGCGGACAAGGCACUGCAAGACAAUCCGUACGAUGAGUUUGGGCCAAACAAGGAAUACCCGCAGUUUCUAUCGGAGAACAUGAUGAAAGGAUGGGCGGACGAGUAUUUAAAUCCGGUAGAUCAGGACGGUGUUUCUCGACUAGAGAAAAAGCAGAGGGAAGAUCUGGCAGCCGAUGAUCGAUAUCUAGAAGAGAAUGGGCUGAAGCAUGUCGAAAAGACGUUCCAAGAGAUUGACCGAAUCGCCAAGGACAUGUUUCCGGACGGUCCAACGGAUGGACAGUCGGCCUCACAAUCCUCCAAACAGACAGGCGAACGUGGUCCACAUAUCAACCGUCUGAAUCGAUCGGGGAGACCGAUGGCAAAACCAAAUUCGACCGUCAAUACACUCAAGGCAAAAUCGGCGGCUUCUGCACUCUCCACUGCUCGCCAACCACGGCCAGUUGCAAACCGCCCUUCUCUAAAAGCCAGCGCCCCUUUACUGUCAAGAAAACCGAAACCGACCCCUAUCCCAAACCCUGCAGACGCCUCUCGACAUGCCGUAGCUACUGCAGCAGCGAGGAGUACACUCGGUUAUGCCCAUGGCAGAUCCGCAUCAUCUCGACUCAGGAAACCGGUUUCGAUGGUAAAAGCAGACGCUGUCCAUGACAACCAGGCGCCUAGCUCGCAAGCUCAGCAACAGAAAAUAAUGACCCUUGAUCAGGGAAGCGAGGAGGCGGAUCUUCGCAAGCUUCUGGGACUGGAUCAAAGGAGUGACAGUCCCGAUGCUCAGGAGGCUUUGGAGAAGGCCUUCAGAUUCGAUGAGCUGAACUUGAACGAUGAUGAUGAUGAUGAUGAUGGCUUUGCCUUUACUGUAUUGAACCGUUGA